CUUUUUUUGUUCAGUUUCUUUUCACGAUAGUUAUUCGUAGCGUUGUCUAGAAGUACAUGCCCAACCGGUUCACCUACUCGCAAAUAAUUCCGUCGCAGAGUUUUUAGACGAUCGAGUGAUACUUACAGUGGACCAAGACCAAAGAACCCCGAAGUAUGGACUGGGCACGCAGUGAUCCCCGUAUGGGUGACAAAAAUCUUCGGACAUUUCGAUAUCAUCCGGCGCCUUGUCGCGUUGUCAAAAGGAAGCAAACGGGUGCGAAUGAGGGUCCUGUCUCUUUAGCUGUUACAGUUGGCGCAAGUGAGGGUGACUGGAAAAGCGCCUUCGACAAGAAGAUUUUCGGAGAUAUCGAUGCGUCUCAUGAGGGGCUCUUGAUACUUGCGACGAGAGCGGCAGAAAAGCCCAUUACCAACUCACACGAAACUACGAUUCUUUCCAAGCUCCCGUUCUCGCGGCCCAGUUGGUUGCAAAUCAUGGAAAAGUUUCACAUUCAUGAUUCGGUCGCCAGGCUUAUCAACCGAAACACUGCCGCGGAAUUUUCCCGCAGCCAAAUGAGCCCAAGCAAUCUCGAAGGUCUAGCCAUAGUCUACAAUUGCCGCUCGUCGGCUUCAUGGCCGGGUGACAUUGCUCUGUCUGUAACUUGGUUCCCAGAAAGGUGGAAGUGGUACGCCGUGUUUUACGGCUGCGACAACGCAACGGCAAAGAACAUUGAACAUCGACUGAACAAUUGCGAGGAUGCAACUUGCCACCCCCUCAUUCUGUUGGGAAUGUUUGCCGAGUUAGAAAGACGACGACAGAUCAGCCUUGUCGACAAAGGCAGUCUAGACUUCCUCAGCGCUGUAUCCAGCUUGAACAGUACUAACCACCAGUUGGAUGACAGCGAAUAUGCCAGCCCGGUAGCUUCCAGUGCUGGAUCUCACGACAACAGCCUUGCCAUUGAUCCCUGGCUUAAACUUUCGCAUCUGAAGAACGGUAUACAAAACUGGAAGGACCAGCUACUCAAGAUGGUAACCCAUGCCGAUGAGCUCAACGAGUCUUACUUAAAGUCUGAUCCCAACUCCACGGUGACCGUCAACGAAUUCCGAAGCCAAAUGCGUAGAAUCGGGGGUAGGAUCAAAGACAGACUAGAGGAUAUCAUUCGCGACUGCGACGAACAGAUGAGAAAAUGCCAAACAAAUUUGGAUGGAAUCAUUCUGGCUGAUCAGAUGGCUCACACGCAAGCAAACAUGAUUAUAGCUUCAAGGACGAAAGUGGACAGUAGCCAGAUGAAGUCAAUCGCUUUGCUGACCAUGAUCUUUCUCCCAGCUACUUUUGUUGCGACCUUGUUUUCAAUGACCUUUUUCAACUGGCAACCAAAUUCAAAAGAUGGAGAAGUCGUCGUCUCACCUCGAAUAUGGAUCUACGCAGUUAUUGCGGGUGGAUUGACCAUGAUAACACUGAUUACUUGGUUCUUAUUUCUCAGAAGACGGCUAGCGAGGAAGCAGCUACGUCAACCGUCAAAGUUGGCAACUUUACUCACGACAUUUCGACUUAGAACUCAACAGGUAGAAGACGAGUAGCUAGACGGCCAUGGAGACAUGAACAACGGCAACCAAAUUGAGCGGUGUUCUUCUUGAUCAAUUGGUCUGUAAUUAUCAUUAGCACGCUUGUAUUGCUUCAAAAUAGUGGAAUAAAGACUGGCUGAGACUAUACAAUUACUACAAUUACACUAUCUCGCAAC